GAAGGAGGCUGAAGAAUGAUGGAGGGCAAUUCCACUGCUGGAUCCUUUACCCCCUCGCAGCAGUUCAGCAUUGCUGACCUUGUUGUCGUAGUGGUUUAUUUUUCCUUAAACGUUGCAGUGGGAAUAUGGUCUUCCUGCAGGGUGAACAGGAACACCGUCAGUGGCUAUUUCCUUGCUGGCAGAGACAUGGCAUGGUGGCCAAUCGGUGCCUCUCUCUUCGCCAGCAGCGAAGGCUCGGGGCUCUUCAUCGGGCUGGCAGGGACCGGUGCUGCCGGGGGAAUCGCUGUCACUGGCUUCGAGUGGAAUGCGACUUAUGCUCUUCUGGCGCUAGCCUGGGUGUUCGUGCCGGUUUACAUCUCAUCUGGGAUUGUCACGAUGCCGGAGUAUCUCCAGCGAAGGUUUGGAGGGGAGAGGAUCAGGAUGUACCUCUCUGGCCUGUCGCUCCUGCUCUCCAUCUUCACCAAAAUCUCUACGGACCUGUACUCGGGGGCCCUCUUCGUGCAAGUCUGCCUGGGCUGGGACCUUUACCUCUCCACUGUCCUGAUGCUGGUGGUCACGGGGCUCUACACCAUUGCGGGGGGGUUGGCGGCCGUCAUCUACACCGAUGCGCUGCAGACGCUCAUCAUGGUCCUCGGAGCCAUCGUGCUAGCGGUGAAAGCUUUUAAUGAGAUCGGAGGUUACCCCAACCUGGAAGAGGCCUAUUUAAAAGCCGUGCCAUCCAAGAUUGUUCCCAACACUACCUGCCACCUGCCCAGAGCCGAUGCAAUGCACCUCUUCCGAGACCCAGUCUCUGGAGAUCUGCCCUGGACCGGGAUGACUUUCGGGCUGUCUAUCAUGGCCACGUGGUACUGGUGCACCGACCAGGUCAUCGUUCAGCGGUCGCUCUCUGCUAAGAGCCUGAGUCACGCCAAGGCCGGCUCCAUCUUGGCCAGCUACCUGAAGAUGUUACCCUUGUUCGUUAUCAUCAUGCCGGGGAUGAUCAGCAGGGUCCUGUACCCAGGGGGCCACCUGCUGGAGGAGAGACACAUCACCUGCCUUUGUCCCCCAGACACCGUGGCCUGCGUGGACCCCGAGGAGUGCACCCGUGUGUGCGGGGCCGCCGUGGGCUGCUCCAACAUCGCCUACCCCAAGCUGGUGGUCGAGCUGAUGCCCAGUGGGCUGCGGGGUCUGAUGAUCGCAGUGAUGAUGGCCGCGCUCAUGUCAUCCCUGACCUCCAUAUUCAACAGCAGCAGCACCCUCUUCACCAUGGACAUCUGGAGGAAGCUGAGGCCGGGGGCUGGCGAGCGAGAGCUGCUCUUGGUGGGCAGGGUGGUCACAGUGGUGCUGGUGGCCCUCAGCGUGGUCUGGAUCCCCAUCCUGCAGAGCUCCAGCGGUGGCCAGCUCUAUGUCUACAUCCAGGCUGUCACCAGCUACCUGGCUCCUCCCGUCACCGCCGUCUUCGUCCUGGCCGUCUUCUGGCCCCGAGCUAACGAGCAGGGAGCUUUCUGGGGCCUGAUGGCAGGGCUGGUGCUGGGGCUGGCCAGGAUGGGGCUGGAGCUGGCAUACCCUGCGCCCCGCUGCGGGGUCCCCGACCAGCGGCCCUGGCUGCUCGCUGACAUCCACUACCUGCACUUCGCCAUGCUGCUGUGUGCUGUCACGGGUGCUGUCGUGGUGGGGGGCAGCCUGCUGACCCCCCCGCUGCCUUCAGCCUGGCUAAAGGAUCUCACCUGGUGGACCCUCUCGCAGGAGCCCCCCCAGCCCUCCAUGGACGGCACAUCCCAGGGACCCCCUGAUGAGCCCCCGUUCUGGGCCCGCGUCUGCGGCAUCAACGCCAUUGUCCUGAUGUGCGUCAACAUUUUCUGCUAUGCCUAUUUUGCCUAG